AUGGACCUCGACGAUUGGAUCCUUCCCUGUAACCCGCCAACAAAUGCCGACGGAACGCAGGAUGAUGAUCCUCGAUUGUCAUGCCUCGGUCUGCCCCUGUCUCUGCCUUACGAGGUCGAGACCUUGGCGGAGAUGGACGACCGGCUUGAGGUCAUAUGUACGAAGAUCAUCGAGUGUAUCAAGGCCAGAGAAUGGGGACACGGAUUCCGUGUAUGGGACGCGGCUUUGAACUCCUGGUUGAGCAUGGGUUAUCCCAUGAAGAAACAAAUGAAGAUCAAGCUUCUUUUCCUUUACUGGGAAAUACUGUCAGUCGUACCUACUGUACCAUCUGCAAUCUUGGAGGAUGUGGGCAACCAAGUUACGAACUUCCUCGGUGACCGGAACCUCAACAUCUACGAUUUUCGCAUUCCAUGGCGUCCUCUCUAUGAUGCUCUGUACCAGGAGCUCUUUCCCCAUCCUAACAAACUCAAACGUCACUCUCCAAACCUCUCAACGAUGUUCUUGAACGUAGCUGAAAGCGCACAACGCUUUUUCCACCCUGGCGAUGUAGACGAGAUGCUCGAAGUGAUCUUACCAACUUUGGAGCCAGACAUGGACUCCAUUCUUGCCACACAAGCUUUCCUUGUGCAUUUCCUACCCAUCACACACUGCCAGAAGUGGCUACCUCUCAUAUUUCGCCUGUGGCAGGGUUUCAACUCCGGUCUGUGGGAUGAUCAGGCUUCCGACCUCAUGGGACAGCUUGCUAUCAACCACGUAGAUCCCGGUCGCUCGGAUCCUUCCUUCAUCGAACGUAUACCCCGCGGUAUAUUCAACACCCCCGAAGAGGAAGCCAACAGUCCCAAUCACAAUCGUAUCCUCAGAAGCCACAAGGCUAGAUUGCUGGAUGUCGCUGGUGAGAUCGUGGAAGAUGACGAUGGCUUGGACUACUACGCCAAAGAGAGUUUGCUGCCUCCGGAAAUCAACAUGGCCGACCCCAACUGGCCGGGAAUCAGGAAAGACAUUGGAAUUUUCACAGAAAGGGAAUUUGAGUUCUUGAUGAGUAAAUGCUUGCGAUCUCUGAAUGUCCCUGUGGGCGGCGCUUUAGCUUCUCAGAACGCAAUGUCCAUCACCCAAGCCGAUCAACGUACAAGUCGAAAGAUCCUUGACGCCAAAAAGCCCAUUGACCGAGUCCAAUCCUUAGCGGAGACAAUCAUUUACAGUAUCUCUGAAGAUGCUCCCCUACUGCCUCCUUCCGGUACCGACAUAUCAGGAACAUCGACACCUCUUCCCAGUGAAGCGGAGAGACGAUAUCUCGGAGGAAGCAAGGCUUUGGAUCAUCUGCGGAGCUUGCUGACCAGUUGCGAAUCGUAUUUCCAUCCGAGCAACUCGGGUGAUUGGUCGGCAUUCUUGAAUGCCUUCCUCACCCAUUUGGCUGGUAACUUCCUAGAGAGAUGGAAGAACGAACAAGCGCCAAAUUGCAAAACUCCCCAGGAAUGGAGGUUGACAUCGACGAUCAAGAGGGAGUUUGUGCUAUGCUUGCGACCACUAGCUCUCAGUGCCAUGUUUGACAAGGACAACCGCUCUGCAGGACCUGCCGUAUCAGCCCUCAAGAAACUCGCCGUUCUCGAACCUGAUCUCAUCAUGCCGGCUUUGAUGGAAAGAGCCACUCCCUCCCUCCAGGGCUUAGAAGAAACCCACCGUACCACCGCCGUCACCUACGCUCUCGCUGCCCUCUCACAACCCUUCUCCGCCCGCCAGCUCUGGCGCAUGGGAGGUAUGUUCGUUGCCGACAUUUUCACUCUCCUUCUUCCCGGUAUCGAUCUCAAUGACCCCUCCAAAACCACCUUAGCCUGCAUGGCCAUCUCCUCCAUCGUCGAUUUCAUAUGCGUGGGUGACAUCUCCGAGGUCGAGAGAGAAGAGUACGAAAAGGUCACCCCUGGUGUCCGAGCGCUGAGAAAGGUUGAGAUGAUCAAGACUGAAGACGACCCUGAUGAUCCUGCGAGCUUCGAAAUCGAAGAUCUUAGUCCGGAUGAUGUGGACGAGAGGAUAAGAAUGGCCACUGCCGCGUUCAGAGAUUGGGUACCCGAGUUCAUCGGUCGUGUGUUAUUGUUGUUCUCUAAUCUGCCCGAGGAAGGAGGAAGUUCUGGAAGAGCCGGUGGCAAGUUGGAAGAAGUCGUCAUACAGAGUGUGCUUCAUACUUGUGGAAACGUCUUUGGAGCUCUGUCUCCCAAACUUUUCGAUGCGGCCUUAGAGCAGAUCUUUGAGUACGCAUCAACUACUUGUCGACCGAACGCUGUUGGCGCCGUGGGAGACUUGGUGAGGAAUCUCGCUGCUAUCGACGCGAAAAAGACAAUGGACAAGUUCUUACCGAUGUGUCAUACGAGGAUCAUCAAUGAGUUGAAGGGCGGUGCGAGUUCAAUGAGAACUACAACCACGAGCAUCCCACUGCCGUCCGAUGCAGCAUUGCAUUGGUGGCAAGCGAUUUUAUGUGGGUUGUUGAUACCGGGACAUAUCGAGCUGUCCGACCCUGCCUAUCGCUCACAGAUUCUCGAAUUGCUCAGGGCAAUGGUCCAAUCGACCUUUUCCGAGAGAGGGUACAGUUGGACUGGCAAACUCAUCGAAUCGUGCAUGAUCUGUUUGACCGCAAUCAAGACUGAGGAAGUGGGUAUGCUCAACAGAGACGAAGUGCAGAGCGAUGACUACAACCUCAAUCACACUCAAUACUGGGGCAAACUCUAUCGUGCCGUUGAAGUUCAAUUGUCCUGGCGAGUUCCAUCGGCCUCUGAUGUGCUAAUGGCAUUCGACAUCAUGGCCAUCGCUGAUGAAGCUGCCGAACGACUCGACGAGCUGUCUAAGCAGAACGGACUGGGAGAUAAAGUAUGGACGAACGAUUUCUGCCGUGCCAUUAGCGUCGUCGACAGGGUGUUACGAGGCUCCUCUACUUUCGUGGCCGAGCAUCAAGACAUGAAGACCGGCGGACUUCCUGUGGAAAGUUAUCUGCCGUCAGAACUUACCACCGUCCCUAAACCCUUCAAAGCCGGUCAUGUUCUCUCUGACCCUGACGACCCCCAAUUCCAAAAAGCCCUUGCUUGGCGUACUCGAAUCGGUGAGAUGCUCUUCCGUGUGGCAUCAGCCUUACAGAACGCCGGAGACUCGGAUUCAUCCGUCGAGACCACCCGAGCAAUCGUGACUACACUGGGCAACUAUCUCACAGCAUACGGUAUGCGUUCAAAGUACUAUUCCACUUCACAGACCGCCUACUCCACCCUUGUCGCAUUAAAACGACUCUUCGAAUCCCAACGUAAACAUCAUCGUACUGUCCAUGUCAAGGCAGCCAUUGUGCAUCAUCAGAACCGUUUGGCCAGUCUGACAUACUGGCGUCGACGAUCAGAGCUCGACGACAGGUUAAUCCGCUGUAUGCUCGCAUUCUGUCUCUCACCAUUCGUCAGGAUCCGUAGAUCUGCUCAAAGUCAAUUAGAUUCUAUCACACGUGUAUAUCGAGGUUGUUGGGCGUUGUGUUUCCCAGCUUUAUUCGACGCUUUGAAACCAGGAACCGAUCCCGAUACGAUGAAAGGUGCUCUAUACGUAUUACGAUACAACAUAGUUGGUAUAUCUCGAAUUGGAAGAGAUUGGAAAGACCUUCCUCGACUUGCUGAAUAUCUCCUCCAGGCUCAUCAUGAGAAUAAAACUUCAGUCCAAGCUCUCGUAUCCAAAGCGACGGAUGAGCUCAUAGUGAGGAUGAAAGAACCUUCUUCCAUACGAUUAGACGUGAAUACAGAAGCCAUGGACAAAGCUGCAGACGAAUUAGUCAGUCUGUUCGAAGGUGAUCAUAAACCAAAUGAAGAGACGGUCGAAAAAGUCAAGAAAGCUUUGAUAGAAGUAGACAAGGAACAAGAUGAACAAGUGGAUAAAUUCACAGAUAGGGUGUUGGAAAUCAUCAAAGAUCCAACUCUCAAUUGGAAAUAUGCGUUGCAAGGUGGAAGAUUUUUAUUGGCCAUGUCGAGAAAAGACAAGCCUGUGGAUGUGAGAUUGACAAGGUAUUUCAUGGAGGGUGUAAUGAACCCUCAUCCGAGAAUAAGAGAUUAUGGAUUUUUCGGUACUACACGUCUCCUCUUCUCCCUAGCUCUCCGUUCACUCUGCCCUACACCCAAACAGCUCCUUUUGCAAGAACCUCUAGAUGCUCUCUCCAAAACCAUCGAGCUCACCGACACAUCUGAAGAGUUUUCUAAACGAUACCUCUCUUCUUUCCGCGAGCCUCUGCCGGAAGACCCAACCCAGGCUCAGCUACAAGAUCGGACCACUACAGGCUGGUUCGUCUGGGGAAAAACUAUGGAGGUAGUCAGGCUGAAUGGUUGGGAGGAACAGAGUUGGAUAAUAGAUCCGUCGAGUAAAGAAGCAUUGGAAGUGGUCAAUGAGAUUGUCAACAAACCGGGUUUAUGGCAGAGUGUCGCCGACUAUUGGGCUCAAGAAGAUAAUCGCAAAUACCCUUCCUCGACUCACAUAGACUUCGUACUUUGCAUUGCCCAAAUAGUCGGUAUCAGCCUCUUCCAUAGUAUCCAGAUGGAUCGGACAAAAGUGUACGAUCGGCAUAAGGUCCGAGCCAUGUGGGAAUUCCUUGCUGGUUUCUUGAGAGGAUUAGAGGAAUGGACAGGGAAAGAGAGGGCGGAGUUCUGGGAAUGGCUCACUCCUCGUUUGCGUGAAUUGUAUGGGAUGAUCAGGCAUGAUACUGUCAAAUGCUGGGAUUCAUCAAUCGAAUACGUCUUGAAUGACAAAGACCCACGGAGACAUAAACCUCUGGUCGAUUUCUGUAUCAACACCGCCCUAUCGGCCGAUUUUGCCAGUGGAUCUGCCUUUGAUCUGACCCGACGUGUCAAUCUUGUUCGCUCGCUACUCCGUUGCUUCACAUGGCGCUUCAACGCAUGGUCCGACGACUUUAUUGACCUAUACUUCCGCUCAGUCUCUUGUCCCUACGCUGAUGUAAGCUAUAUCAUAUUGAUGCGCAAGGAUACGACUGACAUUCAGUUCCACCCUUCAUACCCAUCCGUCAAAACGUUUGUCGAUGACGUCCUCGGUGAUCCGGGGUACGAAAAAGAUAUCAUGCAGAUUAAGAGUGGUCGAUUCGAGCCACAAUUGAGAGAGAUUAUGGAUUCUUUACCGAAAUGGAAACUUGAACGACCUCAUGGACCUCAAGCUGUGUUAUCGACACAUGACACUUCGGCUUUGACUAUUCUCAUGUGGCUCACUACCGAACUUCUCGAUGUCCAUGCAGCGGCAGUGUUCCCAUACAUCAUCCCCCUCCUCCCUGAGAUCUUCGAAUUGAGAGACUUGAAUGAUAAUCCCGAUUUGCAGAGAUGCGCAACUAGAUUAUUGGGAAUGAUCACGAGUAUCACACCGAGUUUGGAUUUGAUUGAACCGCUCAUGGCGAGUUUGAUCGAUAUAAUGCAAACGUCUACAGUGAGUUCAUGGAGAACACGUAUCAACGCCAUGCCCAUCUUGUCCCUUUUCUAUUUCCGUAACUUAUCCCUAUUGUCGGAAACUUGCAAGGCGAAGUGUUUGGAGGUAGCUAGUAUGUGUCUGAGGGAUACUACGCAGGAAGUGAGAGAGAUGGCCUCUACCACCCUCAGUGGCUUCCUUCGUGUCUCUCAAAGACCCAUGGUGGUAGUUCUCAAAGAUCGCUUCACCCGGGAGAUCAAAUCGUCCUCUUUACCUAAACGUCGUGGUCCACCAGGUCAAGUGAAUCCGGAAUAUCAAGCUAAACUUGUGCAACUACACGGGGCAGUAUUGGGUGCCACGGCUCUCGUUGACGCUUUCCCAUAUACGGUCCCCAAGUUUAUGCCCAAACUUUUAGCGGAGGUACUCGCACCGAGAGUAUCCGAACCUCCUCCUAUUUCUACGACUAUUCGAGAAUGCGUUGCAAAUUUCAAACGCACACAUGAAAAGUAUCAGGACAAAUUCACAGAGGAUGAAUUGAGCGCUAUGAAUUAUGCUCAAGCUGGUAAUUCUUAUUGUCAGUGA